AUGUCUCAAUCCAACACCGAACCAAGCUCUCAAUCCCCUUCUGCUCUCCUACUCUCCCUCGCAAAAUCCUACCCCCACGACCCAUCCCACUUACACAAAGUCCUCCUCCCCCAAUUAACCCACCGCCUCCGCCUCGCCUCCCUCUGGUCCAUCACCCCCGGCACCCGCGUCCUCGACAUCGGCUGCGGACAAGGCGACUCCGCCCUCGUCCUCUCCCACGCAGUAGCCCCACUCUCCACCGAUGGUGACACCAACACCACCGCCGGUCCGGGUCCGGGCUCCGCACCGGGUUCCGCCCCGGCAGGCCACAUCACGGCCCUAGACCCAGCCCCCGGCGACUACGGCAGCCCCUACACCCUCGCCCAAUCCCAAUCCCACAUCUCCUCCUCCCCCUACGGCGCAUCUAUAACCUUCCACCAGUCCGACGCGCCGACCUACCUCGCAUCCCACCCCUCCGAAGUGUUUGACGCCGCGACACUCUGCCAUUCGCUAUGGUAUUUUCCCUCUAGCGAGGCCAUCUCCACCCUCUUCAAAUCCCUCCAUGCAUCCCCCAUCUCCAAGCUCUGUUUCGCAGAAUACGCACUCCAAGCCCGUACCCCAGCCCAGAAACCCCACGAACUCGCCGUUGCGGCACAAAAGCGGUUCUAUGAGUUACGAGCGGGAGCGGAGAAGGGGUUUACUCUGGACCAGGGCAACGUUCGCGGUGCGCUUGCCCCCGAGGCGAUUGUGGCGCUGGCUGAGAGGGCUGGGUGGAAGGUGCGAGAGAGAGGGGUUGUUGAUACGCCUGGGUUGUUGGAUGGGCGCUGGGAGGUUGGGGCUGUGGUUGAUGGUUCUUGGGCUGGGGAGGUUGUCAACGAGGGAUUGCGGAAGGAGGACGAGGAAGAGUUGUUGAGGUUUAUGAGGGGGGUGAGGGAUGCGGUUGAUGAGGUGAAGGGUGGUGGUGGUGUGGUUGAGACUUUGGAUGCUGUUUGGGUUGUUAUGGAGCGUUGA